AUGGCUCCCUGCUCCUGCGCCGUCUCUGCAGAGUAUGCGGAACUCCAUCCCCCGGAUUUGCUGGAAGACGAGUCCCUCCUCGCCCGAAUCGAGUGUCUAGAGACCCCUCAGAAGGAAGGUCUUUUCUCUCGAAAGUUUGAUCCCCGCAAAUCACGCGCAAAGGCGCUUUCAGACAUCCGUGGCGGAAAUGGUGGAACCACGCUGCAUCUUCCUUUCUCAGGUUUCUCACAUCAAGCUGUUCCAGGAAAGCAGAAGCAAAUCAAGCAAAGAAUCUCUUCAGAGGAAAAGGCAGGGACUCCUCCCUCUUCUGAAUCGCAUUCGUCUUCCUCUCCUCUCUCUUGUUCUGUCUCUCCAAGUUUCCGCGACGCAGUCGCUCUCCUGCAGCGCCUAGUUCCUCCACCUGUUUCCUGUUCAUCCCUUCCACUCCUCGCUUCGCCGGACAGUUCGCCUCGUUUUUUUCCGCCGGAGUGUCCUUCCGUUUCUUCUCUGUCUUCUCUCGCAUCGGCCCUAGGCUCGAAACAUCUUCAGCCUUCGUCGUGCGCCUCCUCCUUGUCCGCCCCGUCUGAACUGCCGUCUGUCUCUCUAGCUGAUUCACCCGCGCCUGUCUCUCUUUCCUCUUGUGAUGCCUCUCCAUGUUCCUCGAACUCUUCGUCGUCUUCCGUUUCUCCUUCCUCGUCUCACAUCCCUCACAUCCUGGCGUCACUGACAGCCACGCAUGCAGACGCGCAUACGCAGUUACACAGGAACACGAGAGAGGCUGUUGAAGCGUGCAGCAGCCUCUCUGGGGAGGAGACAGGGAAGCCUUGUCUGCCGCAGGUCGCCUCCCCGUCUGCUGAGUUGCCGCGGCCGGCGUCGAAACACAGAGAGAAGCCUCUCUCUCGCCUUUGCCUGACGACGGUUCAAGCUACUUGUGGGGAGACCGAGGAGAAAGGAGUUCUCUUGGAAGCAUCUGGGGACCUCAAGCGCCUCCGAAGCAGAGGAGAGUUUGGAUCUCGAGACCAGAGUGUCGAGCUUCGAUCUAUAGGUCUCUUUCUCCUCUCUCUGUUGCCUGAUUCGGAUUUUCGUUUUGGGGGGGUUCCUGAAAGUGGAGACACGCAGUUUCCGUUCGGGAACCGCAGCGAAAGCAGCGAUUUCUUCUCUUGCUUAGGAGUGGCUGAGGAGGAACGAGACGUGCGCGUCUCACCGAGGGACGCAAAUGAGAAACGGCGAGGAGAGAAGAGAUGCGAAUGGUCCCCCGUUUCCAAGAUUCGAAAUCCCCAGACGGACAAGACAGACGAAAUUGCACUUUCGGGUGCUCUGCCUGACCUAAACAAGCGAGCUGUGCAGUCCAUCCUGGAUGCAGUUGCGGUGUAUGUACAGUCCAGAGAGCUGGCUAGCCGCGACGCGUCUGGAUCUCCGUCACUUCCUUCCGUGGAACUUGGCAACUCCGCGACGCGAGAAGCGCCUUUUUUACGCGUCGAAGUGUGCAGCGACGGCGAAAAAGACCUGGAAAGUCUUCAGGUUUCGACUCGGUCUCCUCUCCCCGCGCCUCUCUCCUCAGAGCUGUUUUUCUUGUCAGUUCUGCACCGCGUGAACGGCGCGACGACGCCCUCUGUCUCGCGCUCUUCCUCUGCUUCUCUCCGCGUGGAGUUUCCUCAGCGUCAGCUCCACCUCUGCACUCUGAAGGCGCUGCGAGCUCUGCAGGGCGUCCCGGGGUGGACAUCCACCGCAGCCUCUCUCCUCGCCCUGUGGCUUACGGACUUCCGCUACCAGUUUUCCGGCUCUCUGGAGACACCCCGAGACGCACUCCUCGACGAAGAGAGACUGGGUCUGGCUUGGCAGCUCGUCUGCGGAGAAGCUGGCGGACUUGGUCUCCUCUUGGAAGCGUUGAGGCGGCCAGCUGCGUCGAAGUCUCUCUCUCGGCGAAUCCUGGCAGAGGACGCUCGUGUUUGUGCACAAGACAGAAAGAGGCAUGAAGAGAAGGAACAGGGAGUCGCGAAGGCGGGAGAAGCAGGCAGAGGUAGGGGGGAUAUGUCGGAGAAAGACAAAGUUUGUGUCUGUGCUCCACGGGCCUCUUCUACCUUCUCCGUCGAAAAAGCUCGCUUCUUCGCUUCUCUCCUGGGUCUUCUCUUCGCACCCCUCACCACACUCACUUGCCGAAGCCGAACAGCAGCUCUCGUCGCCUGGAUGCUCUGCGAGGAAAGUGGAAACGGAGAAGAAUGUUCAAAUCCAAACACAGAUAAGCGAGAGAAGAGAGCGAACGAAGAGGAGAACGAGACGAGUCUGCUGUUUCUUCUGCUCAAUCGACUUUGCGAUUCUUUGCCGACACUGAGCCCUCUGUUUCAGAGGCGUGAGGGCGAAACUUGGCGAAGACGAGAAAGAAAAGAAGAAGAACGAACUACAAACACAGUGUGUACAAGCGAGGACCGCGAAGGCUGUGCAUUGCUUGCCGUCUUGGAGCUUCUCGACGCGCUUGUAGAACUCCUCGCGUGUUCCUUCUUCUACAAGUCCGCUGGUGCGAGGUGUACAUACACCAGUAGAGAGCAGCGGCGCGCGCGAGAUGGGCAGGUCGAGAAUGGGGAAGAAGGAGAGAGCGGCAGUGAUGUCGUUGCGAGGAAAGCGGACGGGAGUACAUCUCCAGUGAAGAAGUCAACGGUCCCCGCCGCGGCUGAUGUCUGUCGAGUUCUUCUCGUUCUUCGAACCGCCGAAGUUCUGACUGCGUGCGCCACAGGAGACUCGUCUCUCUUCUGUUCUCUCUCUUCGUUCUCCGUUCUCUUUGAAAAAGUUCCAUCACCAAUCGCACCCAACUACAUGGCUCUCUGUAGCCUCACAAAGCUCGUUCCACUCCUCACGCAAUGCGACUCUUCUUCCUCCUCAUUUUCCGUUUCUUCGUCUUCUCUUCCUUCUUACUCUCCUUUCUCUUCUUCUGUCUCUUCUUCUGCGGAGGCGUUUCAGAGCGGAGAGGAGGAGGAGCGAGCGUCGCGUUCUUCCUUCAAAACUGUCUCUGCGCUUUGUGUCUCUGUUCUUCAGUGCGUGGCUCGCGCUCUUUCUCGAAGUGCAUGCGUUCUCCGCUCUGACUUGCAAGCGGAGGUGAGAGACAGAGGACACAGGAGAGAGGAGGAGACUCAGAGAGGGGACAAAGAGACAGUUGGAAGAAAGGCAGGUUUCAUGGCGAGUCGCUCGAGAGAAGAUGUGAGAGGCGGGGAAGAAGACGUGCAGGCGGAGAGAGGGGAGAGCAAAGAGGCACGAGAGGGAGACGAGCAGAAAGGAGCUGCAAGGCGUCUCUUUGCUGAGGCUGCGCAAGCCGAGAGCGCAGGCGAAACAGGAGGAUCUUCUGCAGAAGCGGCGGGGAAAGAAACUUCAGCUCGACGGCAAGGCGACGCUUGCGGAGAGAAAGACACGGAGACAGACGCCGAUGACCGCCUUCGCGCGAAAGCACGCCUUGGUCGAGGAGCAAGAGAAGAAGGCAGCCCCGCGGAUCGCCGUCAGUGCCUCUGCGGCUCUGUGUUCCUGGCACUUCAUUCGCUUCUCCUGCGUUCUUCCUGCGCCCUUCUUUCGGAUGUGCCUGCGGCCUUUGGCUGCUCCUUUUCUCCGCAACAGCGCGUUCGCCAAAACGCCUGUCUGUCCUCGAGCGAGAACUCCUUUCCUUCACCGAACACCGUCAACACCGGCGCAGGCGGACCUGCUUUUGUCGCUUGCAAGAACGUCGACGCACGGACUGCACUGAGGGUCCGUCUCGGCGCUUCUGUCGAAAGCGAACGCCCAAGCAUUUCUUUUUUGGCGCCUCCUUUGAGGGUCGAGAACGAAGUGUCUAGACAGCGGGACGCGCUCGGUCGCCUCCACCCAGUCUGCUCUUCUUCUUCUCUCGAAACUGUCGAGCCCGAGUCGAAGAGAACAUUCGUGUUGGAAGAAAGGACGGUGGGACUCUCAACAAGCGAGCGAGCGGCUGUUGGCGGCCCAGGACGAAGAAGUGCAUUUCGAGAACGCCGGCUGUCAUCUCUGCCGCCUGUUGCCGAGUGGCUGCAAAGACAUUCCAGAGAAGACACUCUUUCCUCGGCCUACGAAAUUCUGCAUGCGACGCUCAGAACUCUUUCCGAGAUGAUUCCGUCUUCUGAAACGAAACAAAGAGACACGCUUUCAUGUCCUUAUCCCUUCUCUCCUUCCUCUCCUCCUUUGUCGUUCUCUUCUUCCUCCUCUUCUCUCCCUUCUUCUUCCUCUCCAUUGUCCUUUUCAUCUAGAUCUUCGUCCGUUCCUGAUACGCAGUGUUGUCGGUCUCCGUUGUCUGCUUGGGGAAGUGCAGAAUGUGGAGAGGAAGCCACAGAGAGUCGGAGUGUCUGUACAGCUGCCCUCGAGUUCAGCAAAGAUCUGGUUCGCUCUUCGUGGCAGCGCCUCUUCGACACAGCUACACUUUAUUCGGAUUUGCGCGUGCCGAUUCUUCUCCUCGCGGAGCGACUUUUUCAUGCGUCUCCGGAAGAAACGGCGACACCGAAAGCCCAGCCAGAGAGCCUUCACACUGCGGUACCUCUGGGAGGCGAAGAGCGGAAACGUCGCCUGCAGUUUGAGGGCGACUCGCAGGAGAUUCGGAGAAAAUGGCAGGAAGCAGACGAGCAAGCACACCAAGAAAGAGUGGUACUCUCCUUUUACCGCCAGACUGUGCGCGCGGUUCUCCUGCAGUUCUUCCACGUUUCAGUUUCGGAGGAAACGCGGAUGAAGGAGAACAGCAACCACCGAGACCGAGAGAGCUGCUUAGAGGAAGAGCAACGAAGAGAGGUUUGUCGCCUUCUGAGACUCAGAAGCGUCGCGUCGAUGCAUGCACCAGUCGUCCCCAAGGAGGACGGACUUCUCAAAAGUCGAACCGAAAGGCGCGGGGAAAGCGAAGAUGGAGCCCGACCUCUAAGCGCGACCCAGUCCUCAAAGGAGACAGAGAAAGAAGACACAGAGAGAGGGGAGACAGCAGGAAAAGACACGGAGAGGAACGAGGAGACGAAGGGGAAGGAGAAAGAAGAGAGUGAGCGAAACGCGAAAGGAGCAGUUCCUGGAGAGAUCGAGGAGAUGAAGACCACGACGACGGAUGUGGAGGUGGAGGAAGAGGGAGAGACGAGGAAAAAUGAGCGAGGAAGGACAAGGAGAUACGGGACUCUUCUAGCCUGGCUCCAACAGGAAGGAGAAGAAGAAGAGCUGCUUCUUCUCUCUCUCGCGCGCCUCGCGGCUCUCCUCGGCUCUCUGGAGGAAGAGGAAGGAGACAGACGUGAGGGAGAAAGACGUCCAAGGUCUGUUUUUCUGAAGGAAAUGCAUCACCUCUUGCUUGCCGCCUAUGAGCAGGAGUGUGAAGACAGGAAAGAACCUGAGAGACUGCCAGAGAAGACGUUUUUCGACUGGCCCGUGGACUGCCACUGCCGGCCGUGCCUGGAAGCAAAUCACGACGACUGCGUGGACGAGUGA